CGCAAUUUUCCAUACUUGACAUCGAAUACCUUCGCUCGACCACUCGCAGUCAUAUGACAUUUACAGGAAGCACGAUGUAUUGCUCGAAUUGUUCCAGGCCUAUUGAUGGUAUGAUCGUCGCUGCAGACGUCAUGCUAAAGCUUCACUUGUGUAGAAGUGAGUAUCAAUAUCAUCCAGCUUCGUUCUUCUCACUUCUUCUCUCGAACAAUUGUAUUCUUCUCAGCAUCUUAAAAAACAAGAUGUCAUCUCCCACAGCAGUCUUCCGUCAAGGCGCGAAUGCGCUCAUCACAGGUGCGGCGUCCGGCGUAGGACUGGCCGUUGCGAAACUAUGCGCAUCCCACUCAAUGAACGUGAUACUGGUCGACAAUAAUACCUCUAAACUCGACGAGGCAAAAUCGUCUUUGAAAGAUGGCAAGGGCAGCGUGGAGUCUCACUCAAUGGACGUUGCCUCCAUCUCCGACUGGUCCAACCUAAAGUCAGAGGUUGAGAAGGGCGGCAGGAAGCUCGACUUCUUGCACUUGAAUGCAGGCAUUGGACUGAACAGUGACUGGACCGACAAUGCUUACUUCCACAAGAUCUUUGAUGUCAACUUCUUCGGUGUGAUAAACGGCAUCAACACCUUCUACCCCCACUUCACCAACAACAAUAGCCAGCAGAAAGCCAUCAUAGUCACCGGGUCGAAACAAGGCAUCACGAACCCACCUGGCAACCCGGCCUACAACGCCUCCAAAUCCGCCGUGAAAACCAUCACCGAAGGCCUAUCCUUCGACCUUUACAAAACAUCACCCAAAACCUCCGUCCACCUGCUCGUUCCGGGCUGGACUUUUACAGGUCUCACGGGCGGAGGUGGCACGAAGGAGAAGCCUGCUGGAGCGUGGACGGCGGAGCAAGUCGCUGAGACGCUGUACGAGGAGAUGGGAGAGGGCCAGUUCUACAUCAUUUGUCCAGAUAAUGAUGUGAACUGGGAGCUGGAUAGUAAGCGGAUGUUGUAUGGCGCGAGGGAACUGGUGGACCGGAAGAAGCAGCCUGUCCCACCACUUAGUCGGUGGAGGGACGAUUGGAAGGAUAAGGCGGCGGAGAUGAUUAAAAAUAUGAAGACUGAUGCGUGAGCGGGGUCGGUCACGACUGAAGCGAUGAUAGUGCAGUGGAACAGAUAGUUCCUAGUGUAAAUAGUUGGAUCUUUCUGGUUGUGGUGAUAGAGAUGCGGACGGGGAGACUGACGCAGUCUGCCACUGAGGUGAGAAACGACAAGACAUACUUCAAGCUAUGUACAUCAAGCGUCCUAUGAUCACACCGAUAAUGCCACCAC